CUUGGCACCACUAGAUAACACCCCACCACUUACAUGUACAUAUUCACGUCAUUCCGCAGGAACCUCGCCUCCACUACAUACAGUUACCAAAAUGAGACCCCACUUACUCUUCCCCCCCUGGCUGGCGGCCGCCUGGACGCCACAGAACGACAGUCUCCGCGGCGGAUCCUCGACGAGUUCACUGACGGUCUCACCGACCGGCACCGCAAUCUUCGCCGGGACCCUGGACUCAAAGACGCUUGGCGGCGCGGGGUUCGCGAGUGUGCGUACCGUUGGCGAGCAGAACUGGGAUUGGCGUGGGUACGAGGGGCUCGCGGUGAAAAUCGGAGCCACCAAGGAGGAGAAAACCUACACUCUAGUCCUCAAGAACGUCCUCCCUCCCGUUGACCCCGCGCCCCGCGGACCCAACGGGCGCCGACCCGAGGGUAUGGAGACUUCGACCGUAUCCUUUGAAUACAACUUCACGCCCGCUCCCUCCUCUACGGUAGCGGCGAAUUUCGCCGAGUUCAAGCCUUUUUACCGCGGAAGGGAGAUGGAGGGCCCGGAUGCGCCGCGCUUGGAUUUGGGGAAGGUCGAGAGGCUGAGUUUCAUGGUGCGUAGCUUCUUUGGGGAUGAGAAGCAGGAGGGGGGGUAUAGGCUGGAAAUCGUGGAGGUGGGGCUUGUGAAGCCAGGAGAGUGGAAGGGAGAGGGAGGGGGAGAGGGAGCAGGAUGGUGCUCUGUAAUGUGAUUUGGUGAGCAUUACCGAAAUGUGGCCAUGGGCUGCUCGGUGCUCUGUAAUGUGAGUUGGUGAGCAUUACAGAAAGGUCAUGACUAUCUGGUCAUGAGAAAGGAAGAACAUGAUGUUUAUCAAUCGGCCGCGUGGCCUAAUGGCUAAGGCGUUGGUUUUCGGUUCUCAGGAAUAGAAGUUCGCCAAAGAUUGUGCGUUCGAGUCGCAUCGUGGUC